CGCCCGCGCGCCCCAGGAGCCACCGCCGGGCUCCGAGUCAGCGCCCCACGUCGAGGCCCCGCCUGGCCCCGCGCCGGCCCCGCCGCAGCCUGUGGAGCUGGCCGCAGGCAGACGAGACGGGGAGGGAGCGCGAGGCAGGAGAGCGCCCGAGCAGCGGGCCGAGCGCCAUGCGCCGCGCCAGCCGAGACUACACCAAGUACCUGCGCGGCUCCGACGACAUGGGCGGUGGCGGCUCCGGAGCCCCGCACGAGGGUCCGCUGCACGCCCCGCCGCCGUCGCCUCCCGCCCCGCACCCGCCGCCCGCCGCCUCCCGCUCCAUGUUCGUGGCCCUCCUGGGGCUGGGGCUGGGCCAGGUCGUGUGCAGCGUCGCCCUGUUUCUCUACUUCAGAGCGCAGAUGGAUCCUAACAGAAUAUCAGAAGAUGGCACUCACUGCAUUUAUAGAAUUUUGAGACUCCAUGAAAAUGCAGAUUUACAAGACACAACUCUGGAAAGUCAAGACACAAAAUUAAUACCUGACUCAUGUAGGAGAAUUAAACAGGCCUUUCAAGGAGCUGUGCAAAAGGAAUUACAACAUAUUGUUGGAUCACAGCAUAUCAGAGCAGAGAAAGCUAUGGUGGAUGGUUCAUGGUUAGAUCUGGCCAGGAGGGGCAAGCCUGAAACUCAACCUUUUGCACAUCUCACCAUUAAUGCCACUGACAUCCCAUCAGGUUCCCAUAAAGUGAGUCUGUCCUCUUGGUACCAUGACCGGGGUUGGGCCAAGAUCUCCAACAUGACUUUCAGCAACGGAAAACUAAUAGUUAACCAAGAUGGCUUUUAUUACCUGUAUGCCAACAUUUGCUUUCGACAUCAUGAGACUUCAGGAGACCUAGCUACGGAGUAUCUUCAGCUAAUGGUGUAUGUCACUAAAACCAGCAUCAAAAUCCCGAGUUCUCAGACCCUGAUGAAAGGAGGAAGCACCAAAUAUUGGUCAGGGAAUUCUGAAUUCCAUUUUUAUUCCAUAAAUGUUGGAGGAUUUUUUAAGCUACGAUCUGGUGAGUCAAUAAGCAUUGAGGUAUCCAACCCAUCCCUUCUGGACCCAGAUCAAGACGCAACGUACUUUGGGGCUUUUAAGGUUCGCGAUAUCGAUUGAGCCCCAUGUAACUUGGAACAUUAUCAUGUAUUUCCUAGAUGUUUAGAAACUUUGUUUUUUAAACAAGCCAACAAAGAUGUAUAUAGGUGUGUGAGACUACUAAGAGGCAUGGCCCACAAUGGUACAAGACUCAUUGUCCAUGCUCUUGACCUGUAGAGAACAUGCAUAUUGACAGCCAAUGGGAGAUGUUGGACUCAUGGUGUGUUACACAAUGGUUUUAAAAUUUUGUAAUGAAUUCCUAGAAUUAAACCAGAUUGGAGCCAACCAAUAUGGUUGCCUCUAUAAAAAAAACAAACAAACCUGUCUUUGGGCUAUGGGAGGGGAAACUUCUCUGGGUGUAUCCCCUGGGUAAUGCACCUCUAUGCAGCUUAAGUGGAGAGGGUGUCAUCUAAUGCAAAUGAGUGAUAUCAGAGGGGGUGAGUUCUUUUGAAUUGUUACAUCAUGCUGAAACCUGCAAAUAAAUACGUUUUCUAAUGAGGAGAGAAAAUAUAUGUAUUUUUAUAUAUUUCUAAAGUUAUAUUUCAGAUGUAAUGUUUUCUGUGCAAAGUAUUGUAAAUUAUAUUUGUGCUAUAGUAUUUGAUUCAAAAUAUUUAAAAAAAGUCUCGCUGUUGACAUAUUUAAUGUUUUAAAUGUACAGACAUAUUUAACUGGUGCACUUUGUAAAUCCCCUGGGGAAAACUUGCAGCUAAAAGGAAAAAAAAAAUGUUGUUUCCUAAUAUCAAAUGCAGUCUAUUUCUUCAUUCUUUUGAACUUAAGAUUUUUCAGACUUGUCAAGUCUGUGCAAAAAAAAAAAAAAAAUUGAAAUGGAUGCCUUGAAUAAUAAACAGAAUGUUGGCCACCAAGUGCCUUUCAAAUUUAGAAGCUAAUUGAUUUUAGAAAGCUGACAUUGCCAAAAAGAAUACAUAAUGGGCUACUUAAAUCUGUCGAGAGUAUUUAUAUAAUUAUUGAACAGGUGUUUUUUUCUACAAGUGCUGCAAAUUGUAAAUUUUGUUUUUUUUUAAAUAGAAAAGUUAUUAGUAGUUUAUCAGCAAAAAAAAUCCAAUUUUUAAUUUAGUAGAAGUUAUUUUAUACUGUACAAUAAAAACAUUGCCUUUGAAUGUUAUUUUUUUUGGUACAAAAAUAAAUUUAUAUGAAAACCUGC